AUGGGCACUGGUCUUCGAUCACCGAUUAUACCGAUUCAUCGUUCUACACGUGACGACUACCAAUAUGCUGAAGCAUGCAUGGGACUUCAAACAACGAAUAAUUCAGCGGUGGUACCACUUCGUCAUGUGUCUGCAGAAGCAUGGAUUCAUUCAUAUGCAGCCGAUGUUACUUUAACUCAAAUAUAUAUUAAUCAGGAAAGAGAUCCGAUUGAAGCAAUCUACGUAUUUCCUAUCGAGAUCAAUGUCGGAGCUCUGCCGCCGGGUAAAGAAUGUGUAGUAAAGAUUCGGUAUGUGACCGAAUUGGAUUUGAUCGAUGGAUGUUCGAUUCGAUUUGUUGUUCCUACGACUAUUGCGCCUCGAUACGAUCCAAUGUUAGGUUAUCCGCAAUCGCCUGAUGGAACGCAAGCUAAAUAUGUUCAAAACUCUCCGUAUUCCAUGUCAUUUCGAGCACAUGUCGAUCGAGGCGAAAAUUUUGUUGAAUCUUUUUUUUACACGAAUUUACUCCUAGGUCAAAUUGUCCAAGUGGCUAAUAUGUCUCAUCCGAUUAAUGUAAGCUUAUCACAUCAAACGAUCGAUGUCUCUUCAGAAGGCAUUGCACUCGAUCGUGAUAUUAUCCUAGAUAUUGAUUUGCCUCAAAGUCCAUGUCCAGUACUUGUUGCUGCAGAACAAUAUGAUAGUGAUUCCAAACUUGCUAUUCUUACUGCACUGAGUCCUGGUCAAUCAAAUUUUAUCUCAUUAUUCGAUACACAAAAUCCAGUUAUAACAACAACUGAAUUUAUCUUCAUCGUUGACUGUUCUGGUUCAAUGUACGAUGAAAAUCGCAUUGGUCUUGCUCAAGAUGCAAUGAUGUUAUUCGUGCGCAGUCUUCCUAUGGGUGCUCAUUUCAAUAUAAUUCGUUUCGGAUCAGACUUUCGAGUUCUUUUCACUGAUGUACUUAUGACUACUGUGUACGACGAACGAACGGCCAAGGAAGCUGAAGAUCUAGCACGUUUGAUGCGAGCAGACUUGGGCGGUACAGAAUUACUGAGACCAUUACAAUACUUGAAAGAUCGGCCACCAGUUAGUGGUCGAUCACGACAAGUGUUCAUCUUGACCGAUGGUGAAAUUGCAAAUACAAAUGAGGUAAAUAACACUGGAAGGAAAUACUGGCCUACUCGUAUCAUAUGA